AUGCGUCAUUUUACAGAUGGGGAAACUGAGGCUUGGGACGGUGAAGUAAGCUCUGAGAAGCCGCCUGACUGGUGGAGGGUGGAGCCAGGAUUCCAGUCAGCUCUGCCUGAGGUCAAAGAUAUUGGCCCGGUGACCCUCACGGCCGACCCAGCGGUGUUUCAGAGGGAGCUGAGAGAACUCUACGUUCAGGGAGGCGGGGACUGCCCAGAGAUGAGCAUGGGGGCCAUCAAGGCUGCCGUGGAGGUCGCCAACCCCGGCUCCUUCAUCUACGUUUUCUCGGACGCCCGCGCCAAGGACUACCACAAGAAGGACGAGGUGCUGCAGCUGCUGCAGCUUAAACAGUCACAGGUGGUCUUUGUGCUGACGGGGGACUGUGGUGACCGUACUCAUCCUGGCUACCUGGCCUACGAGGAGAUUGCUGCCACCAGCUCCGGGCAGGUGUUCCACCUGGACAGGCAGCAGGUGACCGAGGUGCUGAAGUGGGUGGAGUCAGCAAUCCAGGCCUCCAAGGUGCACCUGCUGUCCACGGACCAUGAGGAAGGCGGCGAACACGCGUGGAAGAUCCCCUUUGACCCCAGCCUGAAGGAGGUCACCAUCUCCCUGAGUGGCCCGGGGCCCGAGAUCGAAGUCCAGGACCCGCUGGGGAGGAUCCUGCAGAGGGACGAGGGCCUCAACGUGCUCCUCAACAUCCCUGACUCGGCCAAGGUUGUGGCCUUUAAGCCUGAGCAUCCUGGGCUGUGGUCCAUCAAGGUCUAUAGCAGCGGCCGCCAUUCGGUCAGGAUCACGGGCAUCAGCGAUAUCGACUUCCGAGCUGGCUUCUCCACUCAGCCCUCCCUGGACCUCAGCCACGCCAUCGAGUGGCCCCUGCAAGGGGUGCCCAUCUCCCUGGUGAUCAACUCCACAGGCCUGCAGGCGCCCGGCCGCCUGGACUCGAUGGAGGUCUCACACAGCUCAGGGCGGUCCCUCCUGACUUUGCCCACGCGGCUCCUCUCCAACGGAUCCACCCAUCAGCUGUGGGGGGGGCCGUCCUUCCCCACCCCCCAGGAGCGCUUCUACCUCAAGGUGAAGGGCAAGGACCAUGAGGGAAACCCCCUCCUCCGUGUCUCUGGAGUUUCCUACCGUGGGGUGGCCCCGGGUGCCCCCCUGGUCAGCAUGCCCCCCAGGAUCCACGGCUACCUGCACCAGCCCCUGGUGGUCUCCUGCUCUGUGCACAGCGCCCUCCCCUUCUGGCUACAGCUGCGGCGGGAUGGAGCCAGGCUGGGCGAGGAGAGGCACUUUCAGGGGUCAGGGAACAGCAGUUGGGAGAUCCCACGGGCCUCCAAGGCUGAGGAAGGCACAUAUGAAUGCACAGCGGUCAGCAGGGCUGGGACCGGACGAGCAAAGGCCCAGAUUGUCGUCACAGGAUUUCCUCCCAGGGUUUCUCCAUCUGUGGGCAAGCGUGCCAGCCAGCUGCUGCGGCCUGUCCGUCAUCCAGGGUCUGAUGCCCGCACU